CAUAAUUGUGUGCUUAUGUGCCUUUCUUGCUUAGUAUCUCACAACUUGUUUGGCUCAUACGCCUUUUUUUUUCAUUCUUUGUAUCCUUUUUUUUCAUACAUGUGUGUAUGUAUCUAUGCAUAACAAUAAGUAGGUAGACGAUUUUUUGUUUUAGGUCAUUAGUUGAGUAAGGUCUAAGGUGGACGGCACGCGCCCUAUUUAGAGGAAUAUUUAAAAGUGUUGUGUAAUAAAUAAUUAAAAGUGUGACAUAUUUUAUUUUGGUAAGUUCAAUACCUAUAUUCAAAUGUUUUUUGUCACAAGAAAUACAUAAAUUGUGUAAUUAUUAUUAGACGAUGGAUCGUGGUAAAAAACUUGCACUUUUAGCAAUCAAAAAUUCUAAUCAAACAAAACAAAAAAUAGGAUGGAAGUUGAAAGAUUUCUUAAAGACAAAAGCCCUUAAAGAGAACCGUCCAAAUUCAAGAUUAUCAUCAUCAUCAAUAUUAUCAAGAAAAAAAGAAAGUCGCCACUUUCGCAAUCAUCAGAAUCAGACACUUCAUUGAUGCAACCAACUAAUAGAGGACUAUCGAGAAAAAGAAUACGAUCAAUAUCUCCACCAUCGCCACCGCCGCCGGCACGAAGGACUUCAACGUUAUCUCCAAAUAGAACGACGACGCCGCAGUCGUCACAACAAAGAACGUCAACGCCUCCGUCGUCACCACAAAAAAUGCCGACACCCGCGCCGCUUUCAUCGCCACGAAGAAUGUUGACGCAGACGCCGCCGCCACCGUUGCAACUAAGAUCGUCGUCGCCAUUAGAACGAAUAUUGUCACCAUCACGAUCAACAUUGACGCAACCUCUGCCACGAAGUACAGCAUCAUUUUUAGAGUCAUCAUCUUCAGAUUCAGAUACUCCAUUAACAGAAUUAUUUACUAAAAAAGGAUUACUAAGAAAAAGAAAACAAUCAAUGAUAUCCCCAAGAUCAAGAAAAACUGAAAAAAAUAAGCAGGCUAAUUUGAAAUUAAGGAUGAAAGAAGGCUGUAAUAAAAUUUGUCGUUCUAAAGAGUGCAAUCAACUCAGUAAAGAUGAGCGUGUUAUUAUCAACAACAAGUUUAUUGCUUUAUCGUCUUUGGAAAGAAAAUGGUUUAUUUUCAACAACAUCACCACUACUGAGCCUUUGCGACGAAAAAGAUCUAGUUCAAGUAUAAAGACAGUGAGUGUUAAAUAUUUCCUAGCCUCUAAUAAUUGCAAUAACGUGGCUGUUUGCAAGAAAAUGUUUUUAAACACUUUGGGUUAUGAAACUAAAAAUUAUAAGAUUUUACGAAAUAUAAUUGCGACAAAAAAACAACCCCUGUCAACUAAUCCAAAAACAGAUAAACGAGGAAAAGCCCAUUCUACCUUAGCUUGCGAUACAAACUCAAUUAAAGCACAUAUUGAAAGUUAUCAUCCUACAAUCUCACACUAUCGACGAGAGCAUGCACCAAAUAUUAGAUACUUACCAAGCGACAUUUCUAUCGUAGAUAUGCACAAAGAUUAUAAUGAGAAAGAAAAAAAAAAUAUUUCUUAUGAAUCAUAUCGACGGGUUGUGGCAGAAAAUAAAAUUUCAUUCACAAAAUUGGGUCACGAAGAAUGCUGGACAUGUGAAAAGAUGGAAAAUCACGAAAAAAAAUACCAACCAUUUAAGGACAGCUUUAGUAGCAGAUUGCGAGGAUUGCAAUAAUUGGGAUAGCCAUAAUGAGAAAAGCAUCGCAGCGCGUCAGCAAUAUAAAGAAGAUAGCCUCAUAAUCAGUAACGAUGAACAAGAAAUUGUUUCCGUGGAUCUACAAAAGGUUAUAAUGCUCCCAAGAUGUGACAUGUUCAAAGAAAUAAUAUUCACUCCCCGCAUUAUUGCAUUCAAUGAAAGUUUCGUACCGUUGGGCAAAAAUAAACAAAAGCUUCCUGUUGCCGUAAUUUGGCAUGAGGCUAUUUCUGGAAGAUCAAAAGAAGAUCUCAUAUCUUCAUUUUACUCUUUUAUAAAAAACCGCAGGGAUACUAAAAGCUUAAUUUUUUGGCUCGACAACUGUGCAGCGCAGAACAAAAACUGGGCUUUGUUUAAUUUUUUUAUUUACAUAGUAAACUGCGAGGAACUCAACGUUAAAGAAAUUAUUUUAAAGUUUUUUGAACCAGGACAAACCUUUAAGGCUUGGCCACACCGGAGGGUAUGCGGUAGCGGUACGGGUAGAGGUAACGGUACUUGUAUGAAAAAAAUUCCAAACUGACAUAUCAACGUUCAGAUGUGGAAUUUUUUUCAUACAAAUAUCGUUACCGCUACCCGUACCUCUACCGCAUACCCUCCGGUGUGGCCAAGCCUUUAUGUCGGCCGAUUCUUUUCACCAUCAGGUCGAAAGUUCAUUAAAAAAAACAAAAAAAAGUCUACGAUAUGCUCGAUUUCAAAAACUGCGUCCAAAGAAGCAAUUCGGGUAAUGUAGAAGUUGUGGAGUUGAAAACUGAAAAUUUUUUCGAUUGGGAAGAUCAAACUUCUCAAUACAAACUUAAAAAAAUAAAUCCCAGAAUAUACCUACACGAUAUGGUAGAGGUGAAAUUUUCAAAAACAAAGUACUCCCUAUCGUACAAAAAAAAAUUUUAUGAAAACUAUACAGAAUUAAAUUUUCUCAAAGCGAAUGUCUUAAAAUAUGGGAUUAAAAAGCCUGUCGCAAAACAAAUACCCCGAGGCAUUUCGCUAACGAGAAAAAACGAUCUUAUCCAGAAAUUAAGCCAAAUUUUACCAGAAAACCGGCUUAAUAUCUGGAAAACACUUCCCGAAAGCCAAAUCGAGAAUAGUUUGGAAAAUGACUGAAAUAGAGAGAUCUCAUUUUUGCUUUUUUGUUAUUUAUAUUUUUUUUUAUACCUAAUAAACUUUAUAUUCGUUAUGUUUCAUGUUGAAUAAUUGUUAUUUUUUUGUUUGUUUUUUUAUUAAGUUAUUUUAUUUAAAUUAUGAAUAAAUGUCUAAAUGUUCAUAUUGAAUUGUUAUUUUUUUUUUUUAUAAUAAACUUUAUAUUCGUUAUAUGUUCCAUGUUGAAUUGUUAUUUUUGUUUGUUUUUUUUUAAUAAGUUAUUUUUUUUUAAUUAUGAAUAAAUAUCUGUUGCUUAUGAAAUGUUAUAAACGUUUUUAAUUUAUUGGUUUCAGUUAAAUACAAAUUUUGGCCAUUUUUUUCGAGUCUUUUCAUUUACCUAAAGGGCACAUUUGCAUUCUUUUUGUGUUUUAUUAACCAAAAUGGGCGUAGGUAUGUCCAUAUUCUUUUAAA